UGCAAAACCCGGGUAGUUUCGGUGCCGCCCUCCUCUCUGCUCCGGUAUAAAGAGUGUGUCACAACGUUUCCAACAACAAACGCUCCUGCAGGCACAAGCAGACACGCUGAGGGAAAUACUCAAACCAUCACCAUCGGAUUAUUCUCACUUUUCUCACUGGGAUUAAUUUUGGAUUUGCAAACAUGAUUCCAGAGGAAAACUUCAGCUCCAUCGAGAACAGGAUGCAGUCUGUAGGUCUGGCUCUGGAAGAGUUGCUGGUGACUGCACAGAAACAAGACUGCCUGACUGUUGGCAUCUAUGAAUCAGCUAAACUUCUUAAUACAGAUCCAGAUAGUGUGGUCUUGUGCAUUCUUGCAGCUGACGACGUGGACGACAUAGCGCUGCAGAUCCACUUUACCCUGUUGCAGUCGUUCUGCUGCGAUAGCGGCCUCACCAUCCUUCGAGUCUCAGGAGUUGAGCGGCUCCAGCAGCUGCUGGGUGCUGUGGAUGCUAACAGAAACCAGGAAGAGCACGGAGACCUCCACUGCAUACUGGUUACGAACCCCGAGGCUGAUCACUGCAGGCUACAAGAGGUGGGAACCUACUGCCAGGAGAGUCGACGCCUUGACCAGUGGGUGCCUGAACUAGUCCUGCAGGAACGCUGAAGGCUCUGGCACCCACAUACAUGAACAAAAACAGGAGCUUUCUGGGUUCAGAUACUCAUGAACCAUUAAUGCUCAUGCAGGGAUGGACUGAAGCAGACCCGGCCGGACUAUCGUGACUGACCAGCAGGAGCUAAGGACCCCCAUUGAGUGACUCGUGAAACAGUCGAUGAAGGCUGGUUUACAGUGCAAAAGAUACAAACAAAAGUCAGAUUCCAUUCAGGCCACAUUGUUUUUACAUUGGCAGUAAAACUAGAUCCAAGCUGCUGUUUUGUGUUUCUGUUUUGGCUACUACAAUGUUUAUGGGGUGUGACAAUCAGGAAGAGUAGCAGCAUUGACUAUAAACUUGUCCACACCUAAACUUGUAUCUGGAGGACUGGACUGGACAGGAAUGUUGUAAUGAAACUAUGCCCAACAUUCCUGUGUACUCUGACAUGGGAGAGUCCUUGGAGAGAAGGUGUGCGUGUGUGAAUGUGUGGUAUGCGUGAACAAUACUUGGGUCUUUCUUUAGAAAAAGACUGGGCGUGCAGCGUUCCUGAAAUGAGCAGCUGAACCUGCGGGGGAAUCGUCUCCAUGGAAACUGGAAUGGAAAUGAUGUGCAAGUUGAAGUCACACAGGAUUCAUUGGCCUGAAAAA